CCACCAUCUACUAUCAUCCCUCUUGCCUUUGCUUAACCACACUUUUAAAAUAACCCCUCCCUCCCGCAUAGACCAUCUUCUUUCGCAAAAUAGACCCCGGCCAACGUUACUCGGCAAAUUAACUAUCAUGGCCACCAAGCGUGAAGAUGCUACCUUACAUCUACCGCGCAUCCUCUGUUUGCAUGGCGGUGGAACUAAUGCCCGUAUAUUUAGGGCUCAAUGUCGGGUAGUGUCACGGACGCUAGAGCCGUAUUUCCGCAUGGUUUAUGCCGAGGCGCCUUAUGAAUCUGGCGCCGGCCCGGACGUGCUUUCGGUCUAUGCGGAGCACGGUCCAUUCAAAAGGUGGCUCCGCUGGCUUCCCGAGCAUCCGGAAUUAGAAGAUGGCGGUGCAAUUGUAGACAUCAACGCCUCUUUAAAAGACGCUAUGGAUGCCGACGACAGCACCGGUGCCACCGGCCCCUGGGUCGGGCUUCUCGGAUUUAGCCAAGGUGCUAAGAUUGCCGCAAGCAUAUUAUAUCGACAGCAGAUCCGAUCCGAGAAGCUGGGGCCGGCGCAGGCUGGCUCAGACUGGAAGUUUGCCGUGCUUAUGGCCGGACGGGCGCCCAUAGUGAACCUAGACCCCGAAGUAUUCACGUCAUCGAUGUUAAGCCGGGCAUCACAGGUCGGCCUUACAGGGGCGCCAGACCUAAUGGAAAUGAUGAGCGGGAACCACGUCUUAAAGCUUCCGACCAUCCACGUUCACGGACUCAACGACCCGGGUUUGAACCUGCAUCGCGAAUUGCUCGAAGAGUACUGCGAUCCAGGGACUGCUAGAUUGAUUGAGUGGGAUGGCGCGCACAGGGUGCCACUCAAGGGGACUGAUGUGCAGCCGUUAGUAGAUCAGAUUUUAGACGUUGCAAGAAAGGAGGGUGCGUUGAAACGUUGAUAGAUCUCCCCAUCACCAUUCUAAGUACGAUACAAGGGGCGACCAUAAAAAAUCUUAAUGUUGGACUAAAGAUUGCCCAAAUUUGCGAGAAAUAUUUUUUUUGCUCCUUUUACGACAAAAGUUCGGUUUUACGCAUAUUUAGAGAUUUCUUUGUUAAAUAUAUUUUAUAUCUUUCCGAA